CCGUUCGUGGUUGUAUGUCGGCUCUAUAAUAACACAACUAACCACCACAUCUUUACACUCAGAUAAAAAACUAUUUGGUGACCGCUGUAGGCGCGUAAAAGAGGACUUCCAAAACACGCGUUUCUUUCUUUUUAAAAAAAAUUUAUAUAGCCUACUUUUUAUUGCUGCGUUUAUUCGGCUUGAUCCCGCAACAAUAUGGGACCGCAAAACAAAACAGCUUGGAUUGUGAGAUGACUGAACUUUUCAAGGGGCUGAUAAAAACUGCGUUUUAAUGAGGAAUUAGAUUUAAUUAAGGAGGAGACAUUACUGGUGCGCACAAGGCAGGUGUCUCUGAAGGCGCCAUGGACCCACUUGGAUACAAUAAGAUCCGUCUUCAGAGAGCAGAGGAUCCAUUUUCAUCAGAUGACUGGAAGCGCUGUCCGUGGUGAGCGAGGACCAGUCCAUAUUUGAGACGCCCUAUCCCGCAGCCCCCGCCAUGCACAUGAAGGCUGACAUGACGUCACCCGGGGGGUUCAGCCAGGCCUCCAAGCACAGCCCCGAGCCCACCGAGCCCGAGUGGGUGGGGUCAGCGGCGCCCGGUUCUGGGAAGAGAGCCGAGCACGUCAACGGGACCAGCCGUGAGUCCCCAGUCGACUGCAGCGUGACCAAGCGCUCCAGACACAUGAGCAGCAACGACGGGGCCCAGAUGGGGUACCAGGCCUCGUACCCCGAGCCCCGUGCCAGCCCCCAGACCUCCACCCCGCCCAGCAACGCCCCCGAGGAGAAGAGGGUCAUCGUGCCGGCAGACCCUGAGGUUUGGACACACGACCACGUGCGGCAGUGGCUGGACUGGGCCAUCAAGGAGUACGUCCUGGAGGAGGUGGACGUCAUGCAGUUCCACGCGCUGGACGGCAAAGCGCUCUGCAAGAUGAGCAAGGAGGACAUGAUGCGCCUCACGUCGGCCUACAACGCAGACAUCCUGCUCUCGCACCUCAAUUACCUCCGGCAGAGCAGCCCCACAUUCUCUUACUCCACAACUCCCACCAGCAACACACCACAACAGCCCAGACUACAGGUGAAAGCAGAGAGCAGCUUUGAAGACAUCAGCCGCAGGAACAGCUGGCCAACGAACACCAUGACUGCAGCACCAAAAGGGUCUUCCAUGGAGCACCAACACAACAGCAGAGUCACAGAGCCGGCUCAGAGGAUUGUGCAAGAUCCGUACCAGACAUUAGGGCCCAUUAGCAGUCGACUAGCCAAUCCAGAAGGCCAAGCCCUCAGCUCAUCCAAGAACCGAGCAGGCAAACAAAGUCCAUACAGGGUCCCUGACCCCAGCGCUCACAGGCCUGUGGGUUCAGGACAGAUCCAGCUGUGGCAGUUCCUGCUGGAGCUGCUGUCUGACAACAACAACGCCGGCAUCAUCACCUGGGAGGGCACCAACGGCGAGUUCAAGAUGACCGACCCCGAUGAGGUGGCCAAGCGCUGGGGCGAACGCAAGAGCAAGCCCAACAUGAACUACGACAAGCUGAGUCGCGCCCUGCGCUACUACUACGACAAGAACAUCAUGACUAAGGUGCACGGCAAGCGCUACGCCUACAAAUUUGACUUCCAGGGAAUCUCGCAGGCGCACCAGAAUCACACAGCAGAGGGGGGGAUUGUUAAGUACCAGACUGAGGUGAAUUACGUCCAGCCCUACCACAGCCACCAGCCCAAAAUGAACUUCAUGGGUGGCCAUCCCGGUCCCAUGCCCAUGUCCCCCGGCAACUUUUUCGGGCCUCCCACCACAUACUGGAACUCAGCCAACAGCCCCAUCUAUUCCGGGCCAGCCAUGCCCAGACAUCCUGCGGCGCACUCCCACCUGAACUCGUACUACUGAGGACGGGACCUCUCACACCGGAACGGGACAAGUUGGGAGGGGUAACCCAACAUCCUACGAGACAUGAGCACAACCCAGCCGGGAUGCAUCUGAUCUGAGUCCUCCCUGAAAUGAAGGUGACAUGACGCUAUGCUCUUUGUUAAAGAUGGCAGUAUUAUGUUGUCACUGUAAUCCUGUCAUUCAGUAAAACGGACAGAGUAAAUUAGCUCCAUGGUGGCGAUGAGUGGAAAAAUACUAUUCUGCUCUUUUUGUGAAUAUACUGCUGAUAUAUUACAGUUAUUCAGUUUGUAGGACACCAAGUUUUUUCAAGUGUUUUCCAAGUUUUUUUCCAGUUGUAAGUAACUUGUUUCAUAGCAACAGUCAUAAAUACUGUGUGUGUAGCAUCAACAUUGCAGUGUUGUUGUGAUGAGGUCACAUUUGCAGUUAUCACAUUAAUUGGCCUCACAUGUGUAAAAGUUUAAUUGUACAGAAUGUUUGAUAUCAUGUAGCAAUAAAACAUUUACUCAUUAAGUAAAGCUAAUAAAUAAUGCUUACACCUGAAAAUGGGCUUGUGACAGUAAUCAUUUACAGAUUGUGAGCAGAAACUUGGCAUUAAACGUGCAUUGACCAAUAAAAAUUAUCGAAUUCCAACACUAGGAAACAUGAUCCCUUAUUUUUAAUGCCUUAAAAUAUUCUUAAUUGGCCCCUGAAAAAAAUUAAGGGGUUUUGUUCAUGGAUUAAGAAAUUUUGAACCUGUUCUUACAAUGCCAUCAUUUUA